AUAAAAAAGCGCGCGAAAGUUAUUAUAUUAGAGAAAGAGAAAUAUCAAUCUACUUGAGGUCCCAACUUGCAACGAUUCGAUAAUCUAGCCGUGAAAAAAACAUCGCACACCAUGGGACAAGCUCUCUCCAAUGUUCUAGCAGCUGUUGGCUGGUAUUCCUACGAAGAAAGAGCGGAAACUGUGCUGUAUUUCAAGAAACUUACGAAACUUGGUUUGCCUCCGACUCGUGGGUCUAGCCACGCUGCCGGCUAUGAUCUGUACAGUGCGUAUGACGUCUCAAUCCCCGCUCAAGGAAAAGCUCUCGUGAAGACAGACAUUGCUGUAGCUAUUCCCGAUGGCUGCUAUGGUCGUGUUGCUCCAAGAUCCAGCCUGGCUUGGAAGCACCAGAUUGAUGUUGGAGCUGGAGUGAUUGACAGAGAUUACCGUGGUAACGUGGGGGUUGUACUAUUCAACCUUGGUUCCAGUGCCUAUGAAGUGAAGCAGGGAGAUCGUAUCGCCCAGCUGAUCGUGGAAAGGAUACAGACUCCUUCAAUUGUUGAGGUCGAGGAUCUUGAUAGUACAGAAAGAGGAGCUGGAGGCUACGGCUCAACCGGGAAGUGAGAUGUACAAACUAUAACAUAUUUACUUGGGUAAACCCUGGUGAGUGCAGCUACAAGAGCAAAUUAGAAAGCUGCAAUACACCCCCUUGCAAGAUAAACAAGUUGAAAAAAGGCCGAGUUUAAAGCUGACAUAAAGUAAUGUAAGCUGUUUUUAUAAGGAGGAAAAUAGCUCUGUGAAAUAUCAGCAAGCAUUGCAGCUCGUCGAUUGUAAGCUCCCACAGAUAAAAGUUGCAUUUGACAUCAAUGAUCUUUUUGUAAAAUAUGUACAGUCAGUAAAGAAGUAAAGGUUAUUUUCCUUAUGA